AUGACGGAGUACACUUCUGAUAAAAACAAAUUAUUAACAAUGUUAGGUUGGCUCCUUGGAACAGCGGCUUCCGAUGAAGCUGAUGUAAUUAGAAUUUCUUCCAGCUCUGGUAGUCUGCGGCAAAUCGAAACCGAUAUUUAUCACAACGGCAUAGCCUCCGGAGACGAAAAAACCCCGAAAUUAUAUAAGAGAGAUAGGAGGAAAAGGAAUUUUGCUGCCAAGGAUCCUGGCCAGAGCAAAAAUCGUUGUCCGUUAUUGCUCAUUGCUGAUUGGCGUUUCUACAAAGCGAUGGGGAAUAGCGAUAUACAUAAUACUAUCAAUUACUUGAUAGGAGUGAUAGGACGUGUGAACGCCAUAUUUACGAGGACGGAAUUUUUGACAGACGAUAGCCCUCAAGCUACUUUGACCGAUUACGGCUUCGUGAUAAGGCAAAUCAUAGUUCACACGACCCCUUCCCACUUUCCUUCGCCAUCUUCUUCCGUUUUGGGUGCUUCGUAUCCUCGGAACUUAAAUAUCGUGCGAGAAAAAUCGGAUUUCGAUGUCUAUUCCGACGCGUCUAAAAUGAUUUUAUUGAGAGGGCGGCACGCGGAGGCUACAAAUGUUACCGGAAAAUUGGGAAGGUACAACAAUAACCCCGUUUUCGAUGGUGAUAUUCAAUCCGCUAAAUCGAUCGUGGUCGAGCAUUACAACGGGGCGCGAUUAAGAUGGGAGAGCGUUGCGAAGUGAAAAAAAAAAAUUUCUAUCAACAGACCCAAACUGGUUCGAAAGAAAUCCAGGAGUCUGUUGGAUAAGGAUGCCAACGAAUAUCAACCCGACGUUUGUUUGGCGCAUCUGUUUACUCACCAACCCUUCAAGGGAAACGUGUUAGGGCUGGCUUACGUAGCGUCGGAUAAGGCGUACAGACCUGGCGGCAUUUGCACCAUUCCUUACCAUUACGUUUCCACUGAUGUGCCCUCCACCUUGGUCCACUUGAAUACCGGCUUUAGCUCCUAUCAGAACGAAGCUCUAAGAACGGUCUUCACCCAAGAGGGUGACAUAAUAACGGCCCACGAAUUGGGACAUAAUUGGGGCAGUGAACAUGAUCUAAUUUACGCAAUAAUAAUGUUGCAUAAUCUAUAUAGGCACUCUCCGACUGCCGACACCAAGGCUAGCUAUGAUAGUAAACAGGUGGGCGGCGCUUACAUUAUGUAUCCCUUCUCCCUGAGGGGCUAUCACGAUAACAAUAAAAAGUUCUCCCCCGCUUCCCUCGUCUCCAUCGGCACCGUCUUAAAGUCCAAGGCGCAUUUGUGUUUCACCGAAGCGGAUUAUCGCGCCCCUAAUAACGUUCGCGAAGGGGGGCCCAGUAUGAAUAAACCGGAAAACGAUGAUCUCAUUUCCUCUUUUUGCGGAAAUUACAUCGUGGAAGGGAAAGAGGAAUGCGACUCCGGACCGGAUCUGACUCAAGCUUUGAUUUUGAGCGGAGAAAAUGAUGGAGGUUAUUUUAGGGUGGGUCCAUCCGAUGAUAAGUGCUGCGAUGCUUUUUGCAAAUUGAUAAAGCCCGCCGCUAUUUGCAGCGAUAAAAAUUCGGUUUGCUGUUCGUAUUGCAAACCUACCCCUGCCGGCCUCAAAAAAUGCACUCCCGAUCUCAAUAUUAUUCUAGCCAUCGAGGACAAGAAUCGUUCUUUAUCACGAAUUCGCGACAAAUCCCCCCAAAAUAUUUCUUCCACUUACCGCUCGAAAUCCCUGAUAUCUGCGAAUUCACUCGAUAAAUCAUGCUACCGAUUGGACCAAUCGUAUUGCGACGGCGUUUCGCCGGAAUGCCCCACGGUGAACGUGACGAUCUACAUCGACAAAGUAACGGAUAUUUUUGGAGAACGGAUAGUAGACGAUCACAUGAUUAAAAAUGACGAGGCGCCACAAAUUUUUGAGUUCAUCCCCAAAGGUUCGUAUUGCAGGGGCUCCACCGGGGAUGGCUUGUGUUCGGGCACUGGAAAAUGUCGGCCAUUUUGUGAAUAUAAAGGGUUGACUUCAUGCAUUUGCUCCAGUCACGGGGAAACCUGUAAAUUAUGCUGCAAACAAAAUCAUUACGAUUCACCGUGCCUUCCAUAUACCAACCCCUCGGAAAAUGUUACCGAACCCUCCUUACUUAAAGAAGGUGAACCGUGUCAAUUCGGAUACUGUGAUAAAAACGGCACAUGUCAAAGCGAAUUCACCGAUCAAAUACAAAAAAUAUGGAAUUACAUCGAAAAUAUUGGCAUCAAUAAUUUUAGGCGAUUGAUGAGGGACAACUUGGUCGGAACUAUCAUUAUUAUGACGGCCUUCGUCUGGGCGCCUUGUUGCCUGCUCAUCAAUAACAUAGAUAGGAAACGGGAAGAAGGACUCAAAACUAUAUUGGAUUGGUUUGAUCCUAAGAAUGAUUCCUUGUUUCCUCCAGGUGUCAGAACUAGUAUUCAGAAGAUAGAUCCGAGCAUAAUUCAGAAAUACAGAAAUCCUUCCAAUUCAUUUAAAACCAAUCGAAUUAAUGUAGCAGACGAAAACGUGAAAAACUCUCACGGUCAUGGUUACGUCAGUAAGGAUACGUCAUUCUAUUUCGAACCAAUCGGGGCAGGAGGCGAAAAAAAUCUCGAUAACGAUAAAUAUCUAUCUCGGAAUACGAAUAACAAUAAUAACAACUAUUUUUUAUAUGGGGAACACGCGUUUUAGGGAAAAUAAAAUAUAUUCCGAUAUUUUUUUUUAUAUUUAUUAUGACAAUUAUCGAAUCUCAAUGGAAUUUUUUCACUGCAAA